ACAGGAAUCAAUCAGUAAAGUCAGGUCAAGUGUGGCAUAUGCAAUCUCAGCCAUAGCAUAUUGGGACUGGCCUGAAGCUUGGCCACAUUUGUUUGUGAAUCUGAUGCAAGCAUUGACAAGUGGGGAUGGCAAUUUGGUUCAUGGAGCCAUGAGAGUUUUAACAGAGUUCUGCCGUGAGGUGACAGACACACAGAUGCCUCAUGUUGCGCCUGUGAUCCUGCCUGAAAUGUACAAGAUAUUCAUUCAUGCAGAGAAGUACAGUAUCAGAACAAGAUCCCGCGCUGCAGAUAUAUUUAAUACUUGUGCAUCGCUAAUCUGUGCAAUGGAAGAAGAUGCAAUGGGUAUUGCCAAGGAUGUCCUCUUUCCUCUUCUUCCACAAUUCACCCAAGCAUUUGUUGAAGUUCUGGCAAUGUCUGAUAGUCCCACAGUUGAUUGUGGCUUGAAGAUGGAAGUGCUUAAAGCAUUAACGACAUUGGUUAAGAACUACACCAAACAAAUGGCACCACACUUAAUGCAGAUUCUUCCUCACAUGUGGAAUACAUUGACUCAGAGUGCUGAUCGAUAUGUCCGCACAGUUGUAAAUUACACUGAUGAUGCAGAUGACCCUGUGGAUUCUGAUGGAGAAGUGUUGGGAUUUGAGAAUCUUGUUUUCAGUGUUUUUGAGUUUAUCCAUGGACUUAUAGAAACACCAAAAUUCAAGAAAACUGUCAAGAAGUUUUUAGAUGAACUUAUUUAUUUCUUGGUGUUGUACAUGCAAAUCACAGAGGAGCAGGUUCAAGUGUGGACAUCUAAUCCUAAUCAAUUUGUUGAAGAUGAGGACGAUGAUACAUUUUCGUUUUCUGUUCGCAUUGCGGCUCAAGAUGUUCUCUUGGCAGUUGCUGCUGACUUUAAAAAUGAAAGUGCAGUCGCAUUGACAAAAGCACUCAACAGACAUCUACAGGAAUCAAAUGAAAGAAAAAGCAAAGGAGAUGUUAAUUGGUGGAAAAUACACGAGUCGUGCAUGUUGGCAAUGGGUUGUAUUAAAUCACUUAUUAUUGACAAAGUCUCCAAUGGCAAGGUUUCUAUAGAUAUGGCGUCAUUUCUCACCCAGGUUGUGCUAACAGACCUUCAGGAAUCAGUAUCGCCUUUCCUCAUCGGUCAAGCGUUAUGGGUGGCAAGUCGUUUUACUCCUCUAAUGUCUCAAGAACUUUUAACAAGCUUCAUCGAAGCAUCCGUCACGGGUCUUCAGUCAGCACAGUUACCUGCAGUUCGAAUAUCAGCUGUUAGAGCUAUUUAUGAAUUCUGUGCCCAUCUUAAGAUGUCAAAUAAUACUCAGAUCCUAACGCCUUACCUUGUCAAGAUUAUGGAAGGGUUACUAACCAUGGCGACUCAAACGACAGACGAUGUGCUGGCUCUCGUUCUCGAGUCUCUUAGAAUAGUCAUGUCGGUUAACAAGGAAUUUACAACGUCUUGUGAAGGAAAAAUAACACCGCUGACGAUAGCGCUCUUUAUUAAGUAUGCUCACGAUGCGGCUCUUAUUCCGUUGAUAGAGGACUUAUUCAAAGAACUUGCCAUGAUAGAGGCUUGUAACAAGCUUUUACAACAGAGGUUUCUGCCGACUUUAAUAAGUAUUUUUCAAGCACCGCCAGAAAAGACACCUUUAGGAAUAAAUGCUGUCUGUAUGGAUAUCCUAUGUAACAUCAUUCGGUGCACACAGCCUCCCCUUUCCGAUCUGCUACUGAACUCUGUGUUUCCUGUCGUUGUCAAAACAAUACUCGGCUCUGAUGACAAUGCGGUGUUGCAGGGAGGCGGACAGUGCCUUCGUGCAUUUGUCUACGUAUCUCCUGAGCAGAUGAGUGCUUGGCGGGAUUCUCAAGGAAAUAGCGCUAUUUCCUACGUUGUUCGAGCAACUUCACACCUACUCGACCCCAGGGCUCCAGAGUUCACGGCCUCCUUUGUUGGUAGACUGGUGACUACUUUAAUCAGUAAGGUCGGAAGUAACCUCGGGGACAACCUUGAUUUGCUUUUAAGAGGAGUCCUUAGCAAACUUCAACAGGCAGAAACGUUAAGUAUAAUACAGUCACUGGUCCUUUCGUUUCUUCAUUUAAUGAACAGUCAGCUAGAAACGAUCCUCAAUUUUCUGAGUGGAGUCCCAGACCCAACUGGCAAGUCAGCGCUGGAGUAUGUGGUCAGGAUAUGGUGUGCAAGACAACCCGAGUUCUUUGGCGUAUAUGACAGUAAAGUGAGUACUAUGGCCCUUUGUAAUGUACUACAGUUCUUCGUGAACACUGGUGACAAAAGACUUUCAAGUAUCAUUGUGAAAGGCGAGAGGAUUUUUCAGCAAGAUGAAGGUAUCCGAACAAGAUCAAGAGCUGCCAAAGCUCCCGAGCAGUGGACAUUGAUCCCCGUUCCAGUCAAGCUCUUUAAAUUAAUCAUCAAUGAGCUGGGCACGUUACUGGAAAGUGCUACGGCGGGUGACGAGCAUGAGGACGGGGACUCGGACGACGGAGAGGAGGGUUGGGAGGACGUGAAUGAUGAAGAAGAAGGCAUCGAUGCCUCUGGAUCACCUUUUGCGCCUGCGUCGGAUUACUUAGGUUUUGAUCAAGAAGACUUUGAAGAUGAAGAUGAUGAUGACCCAGAGAUAAAGAGUGAUCCUAUUUACACACUUGAUUUACAGAGUCACUUGAUCAAGUUUCUACAGACGUUCGCUCAACAACAGUGUUAUCCGAGCUACUUACAAGCACUGAAUGCACAGGAGCGACACACCUUAUCCAAGAUCGGAAUUGCUUCGUAAAAAGCUGCAGGGGUUUCCUAUUAUAAAAUACCCUCAGUCACAAGACAAGACAAGCAAGGAGAAAAAUACUGCGUUGAAGCGUGACUUUCUACUGUUGUAUCUGAUAUGUGACUGCGAACUUGCACAAAGGCGGGAAACGCGGUCCCUUCGGAGCUCAGAGUGAAAACUAAAUGUGAACGGAUUUGCAAAUGAACUUCUAGGUAGCGGCUGAAAAUACAGUAAUAUAAGACACGAAUAAUUUAUUUGAGAAAAAGAGUGCGGUUUGGGGCGCAGAAAGCCGGAUUCGCUGGAAGCAGCGAUAGAGGAAUUAGUGGUUAACUGAGCUCAAGCUUGCGCACCAGGUAAUAUUUCUUUUGGCAGGUAGAAUUCUCGAGGCCGAUCUAAAUGUGUGAGAGGGAGUGUAGUUCGAUGUUAAUCUAGCAGAACGUCUGUGACAUUGAACUGUUCGUAAAAAAAUUCAAGUUUAUUCGCGA